AUGUCGGACCUGGACGAACACGAACAUAUGCAAAAUGAUACCGACGAUGUGAUGCAUGAUGAAGAGGAAGAAGAAGUUCAAAGUGAAGCCGAACACAGCAAACCUCGACGGCGUCAUUACGAUGAGGACGAAGAGGAUGAGGAGGACGAGGAAGAUGAGGAAGACGAGGAAGAGGAAGCGGCAGGUAGAAAGCCAAAGAAGCGCAAGAGAAAGCAAGGCGCAAGCCGUUUCAUUGAUCUCGAAGCUGAGGUCAGUGAUGAGGAUGAAGGUGAAGAGGAUGAUGAAGACUAUGGAGGCGAUGGCUUCAUUGAACAUGUGGACGGCGGCAUCGACGAGGAUGUGGGCAGAGCACAUCAUGCCCGACUUGACAGCAAAACUUUCGACGGAGAGGACAGAACUGCCGAAGAGAUUGCGACGGACCUCAAGCAUCGUUAUGGUGGUCGAAAUGCGGUUCGCUACAGUGGUGACAUGAAUGAGAUUCCCCAACGGCUUCUCAUGCCUUCUGUGCAUGAUGCUAGUCUAUGGCAGGUCAAAGUCAAGCCUGGUCGCGAACGCGACAUUGUGUUCACUCUCAUGCGAAAGUUCAUCGACGUCGAGUUCACCGCUCGACCGCUGCAAAUCUUGUCGGCAUUUGAACGUGAUACUCUACCUGGAAUGAUAUACGUCGAAGCUCGGAGUUCCAAGCAAGUGAAAGAUGCAAUGAAGGGCCUCAACGGCACCUAUACCGUCAAAGUGAACCUGGUCCCAAUCGAAGAAAUGGCCUCUUUAUUGCAAAUCAGGAAAAAGGAGCUCACAGUGACACCGGGAAGCUGGGUUCGCAUCAGGCGAGGGAAAUAUCUGGGAGACCUCGCCCAGGUCGUGGACGUUACGGAAAAUGGAGAGGAUGUCGGCCUAAAGUUCAUUCCCCGUAUAGAUCUGAACCCGCGGGAUGACGGUUCGCUAGAUGCUCUUGGAAAAAAGCGGAAGAAAGGCUCCACCGCAGCUGGAACCAUGCGCCCUCCGCAGAAGCUGUUCAACUUCGAGGAAGUCGUGAAAGUUUACGGACGACAAGCAGUGGCCAAGCGAAAUCAAGUCUACGUAUUCCAGGGUGAUACCUACAAGGAUGGCUUCAUCGAGAAGGACUUCAAGUUGAACGCUUUAUCACUGGACGAUGUGAAUCCAACUCUGGACGAGAUUACCCAAUUCUCGCGUAGGCAGGACGGUCUGGGGGGUGAAAACCCGGUCGACUUGUCUGUCAUCGCGGAGGCCUCCCGGAAAGCAGCCGUAUCUGUGCUGCAGCCUGGUGAUCAUGUUGAGGUGUUUGAGGGCGAGCAGGCUGGUGUGCACGGUACUGUCGAAGAGGUGUCAGGCGACGUCGUGACUAUCACUGCCGUCGGUGUUGACAUCGAAGGCCAAAAAGUAGACAUUCCUGCAAGGAGUGUCAGGAAACGGUUCAAACCUGGAGACCAUGUCAAGGUGAUGACUGGAAAGAAUGCCGACGAAACUGGAUUGGUGGUGGCCGUUGCAGAUAAUAUUGUUACCUUUUUGUCUGACAUGUCAAUGCAAGAGGUUUCUGUAUUCUCAAAAGAUCUCCGCGAAGCCGCAGAAGUCGGUUCUGGUACCAACAUCGUGGGAGAUUAUGAGCUGCAUGAUCUUGUUCAGCUUGACCUUCAAACUGUAGGCGUUAUAUUCAAGACUGACAGAGACUCAUUCCGGGUCCUGGACCAAAACGGUCAAGUUCGAAUGGUCCAGCCUCGUCAGAUUACAAUGAGGCGAGAUUCUCGGCGUGCCAUUGCCACAGAUCAUGAUGGCCAUGAACUGCGCGUAGAGGAUAACGUUAAAGAAGUAGAUGGCGAGGGUCGCAAAGGUCAAGUUCUACACAUUCAUCAAUCAUUCUUUGCUUUCCUCUAUAAUCGUGAAAUAUCCGAGAACGGAGGCGUAUUCGUCACGCGCGCUAGGUCAUUGGUAUCGCUGGCACCGAAAUCCAGUGUCUUCCCCAAGCCAGGAGCAGAUUUAUCCAAGAUGAACCCCGCUCUUGCCCUUCACCCAGGCGGGAUGGCGGGUUCCAGCAUUGGGCGGGGGCCCCGGGACCGUAUGAUUGGGACUAUUGUACAGAUUACCCGAGGUCCUCAUAAGGGUUACGUUGGAACCAUUAAGGAUACCAACGGUCCAAUCGCUCGCGUCGAGCUAAAUACCAACAACAAAGUUGUGACAAUCGAGAAGUCGAAGCUUGUUGAGAAAGUUACUCCCGGAUCCAGUCGUGCAUUCGACCGACUUAAAGCUAUGGGCCCGCCAGGCGAACCAGGCAAGCCUUGGGGAACCCGAUCAGUAAAUCCGUACGCGUCAGGAGGAAGCACUCCUACUUGGGGUGCUGGUGGUCGGACACCUGCAUGGGGUGGGGGCGGUCGUACUCCCAAUCCUUCAUCGGAUUCUCGUACGCCAGCCUGGAAUGCAUCUUCACGGACGCCUAACCCUUAUGCCAACAAUGCACAAACACCGGCAUGGAACGUAUCUUCGCGGACUCCAAACCCGUAUGCCGAUGGAGGCAAGACACCGGCGUGGAACGUCAGCUCACGGACACCAAACCCAUAUGCUAGUAACAAUGGAGGUGCUACACCUGCGAGGAAUACUUGGGGGGGUGCAACCCCGGGAAGAAAUGCUUGGGAUACAAGUACUGGAUGGAGCGAUAGUUGGAAUGCCGCGCCUACACCAGCUGCGGCAACUUCACCUGCAUAUGCUGCACCGACACCUGGACCUGGAACUUACGAUGUUGCUACACCGUUCAGCUACGGAACGGGCGCUAUGUCAGCACAAACGCCCGCCUCGGCCCCGACACCCGCUGCAGCAGGAUGGCGAGAGGAAGAUACAGAGGGCUUAUCUGAGGAAUGGCUCCUUGACAGUGCCUUAAGCAGUGUCUUGCAGCGCAUCAAGAUACGUAUUGAAGGAUCACGCAAUUUCAAUUACCUGGAUGGGAAAUACGAAGGGCUAACCGGUCGGGUGAUGGCUGCGACACGAGUAGGAGCGAACAUGGAACAAACUGCAAUGAUCGCCUUCGAUAAUGGAGAACAGCGGUCGAUAUUGAUGAAAUUUGUUGUUCCUAUGCAGCCUGGUGGAGUGGAUGGAGAGAACGGGGUUCUGUUGGAUGGCCCGUAUAAAGGCCAGGAAGCUCGGGUGCGGUCAUUAAGCGAAGAUGGCAUGAUAACUUGUGAUGGGUAUUUUGGAUUUGCGGAAAUUUCACAAGAUAAGUUUGCUGUCUUGACGGCUGCUCCUGCAUAG